GCGUUUACCGCUGUGCGCCAGAAAAUAUCCUUCAGUUCCUUUUUGUUCCAUGCGGCGAAGUUGGCGCGAUCGGCUUUGAACUUUGAAUAAGUUCCUUAACCACAUUUUGCUUAAUCGAGCAGCUAUUUCAAUUUCUCUUCUUCUUUUGAUAACCAGGAAAAUUAAACUAAAUUUCCCAUUAAAAUCACAUCACAUUUUUGUUAUUUUAUAUAGAUAAAAAAACGAAAGGAAAACGAAUGAAACUCCACCUGAUUAGUCACUCAUUGUUUGUCAUUGAAUGCGUAUUCAAGCUUUUGAGUCAUGGAAGAUUCCUCAAUAUUGUCGCCUACACAGAAAUACGCAGCGGCUGCUUUGUUUACGCUCGCGCUUAACCGGACUCAAGUUCAUCAAGCUGGGAAUCGGAACCACUCAAUGCCUCGCAAUAAAAAAACCGUACUUGAAGGCGGCGGGAAAAUUGUCUGUUCAGACAACCCCGAUCUUUGGAUUCACGAAAAAUUUUGCCUGCUCCGGCCCGUUUUAAGGUUCCUAGGAGUGGAUGAUAAGGCCUUGCAAGGCCUAAAGGAAACUGCUGGUUCCUCUUCACAAUUCUGGCAUCAUAUAGGAGCUUUCUUGACAUUACUGUCAGAGGAAGGUGAUGGUGCCUCUCCAGAAAGAUUGGAUAAAGAGCUUGCUUUGACGAAAACUAUUGAUGCUACAGCUGCCAGCGUGGAGGGUGUUCCUGAUUGUAAAGAGGGGGAAUUGAAGCAUCAUGAGGUCAAAGCUAAAGGCCAAGACAAUUUUUGCAAUAUUGAGGCAACGUCCCCGGUUGCUGCUGCUAGUAAGCCUCAAGAAAGCAAGGAGAACACGGCUCUGCAUGUGUCCAUGGAGACAGCACCGUCCACGAGACCUGAAAAUGAAACUUUUUAUCAGCCUAUAGAGGAGGCGAAUCUUAUCAGCUACCCGAGGAAAAUGACAGUUCUUUUUACACUUCUUUCAGCUUGUGUGGCAGAAACUGCUGAAGUUGAUAAGAAAUGCUCUCAGUCAAGACAGGGCUACGAUGCUCGACACCGUGUUGCCCUGCGACUUCUUUCUACAUGGCUUGCGGUUAACUGGAUUGAAAUGGAAGCAAUGGAGAAGACAGUUGUUUUUUCUAUAAUGGAUUCAGCGAGACAAAAAGAUGCAAAUGUAGAUGAAACUUUGACUUCGGAAAGUAACUGGGACAAAUGGAAGCGUGGAGGUGUAAUUGGAGCAGCUGCUGUAACUGGAGGAACCUUAAUGGCUAUAACCGGCGGUUUGGCUGCCCCAGCUAUUGCACAAGGGUUGGGUGCUUUGGCUCCUACCUUGGGUACUCUUGUUCCUGCCGUUGGAGGUGGAGUUGCUGCAGCGGCAACUGCCACAGGAUCUGUUGCUGGCUCUGCUGCUGUUGCUGCAUCAUUUGGAGCUGCUGGAGCUAGCCUAACUGGGAGUAAGAUGGCUAUGAGAAUUGGAAGCCUUGAGGAAUUUGAGUUAAAAGAAGUUGGAGGCAACCAUCAAGGUUGUCUAGCAGUUGGAAUCUUCAUAUCUGGCCUUGCAUUUGAGGAGGAAGAUUUCUUAAAACCUUGGGAAGGUCAAAAUGACAACUUAGAGAGGUAUGUGCUUCAAUGGGAGUCUAGGAAUUUGAUUGUGCUGAGCACUGCAAUUAAGGACUGGCUUACAUCACAAAUUGUUAAGGAAAUUAUGACAAAAGGUGCAAUGAUGACGGUAUUGAGUUCACUAGUGGCAGCACUGACAUGGCCAGCAACUUUAAUUAGCACAUUUGAUCUUAUAGACAACAGAUGGGCAGUUGCAGUAGACAGGAAAGCUGGUAAGAUGCUUGCUGAAGUCUUGCUACAAGGACUGCAAGGAAACCGACCUGUGACGCUAGUUGGCUUUUCAUUGGGAGCCCGCGUUAUUUUCAAGUGCCUGCAAUGUUUGGCUGAGUCUGAAGGUGACAAUGCUGGACUUGUUGAAAGGGCUGUUAUCUUAGGAGCACCAAUCUCAAUUAAAGAUGAAAAUUGGGAGGCAGUUAGAAAGAUGGUGGCUGGAAGGUUUGUGAACGUUUAUUCUACAAAUGACUGGACACUGGGAAUAGCAUUCCGUGCUAGUUUGCUUUCUCAAGGAUUGGCUGGAAUUCAACCUGUUGAUCUUCCUGGUGUUGAGAAUGUUGAUGUGACGCAACUUAUAGAGGGCCAUAAUUCAUACCUCCGCAUGACAAAGCAAAUACUGGAGCAGCUUGAAUUGGACAACUAUUACGCUGUUUUCGGAAGUGGAUAUAAAAUCACUCAGGAAGAGAGAGUCACUCAGCCUUGCUAAUUUGUUGCUCUCUUUCCUUUGCCCUUCCUCUCAUUCCCCACUUUUGCCUUCUUGCUUAUAUUUCUUUUCUAAUGCUAGGCAGCUAUGUGUUGAUUAAUUUGCGAUUAAUAUAGACGGAAAAAGUGGAGUUUCAGAAGUAAUGGUUGGCGGCGGGGAGAGAUGGAUUUGACCGAGAAACAAGGACAAUAACCAAAUCCACAUGUUGAUUUUAUCCCAAAAGCUUGAGGAUCUAAACUAGCGGAGCUUUCAUGUAUCUAACAAUUUGCAGCAUUCGACUUGUCUUAUGAAAAUUUGGCAAGAUUUAUGGAUUUUUUUUGCAUAAAUUGAAAAAUAAAAUAAAAUAAGUUGGUAGAUUAGCUUAUUUAAUCCGCCAACCUUA